GGCAUGGUGAUCGAAAUUCGGGCGCUGCGGUUGUGUUGUUUUGAGAUGGUUUUGAGCACGUGUGCUGUAUGAGCAGUUGCUGGGCUGUCGAAUUAUUUUGGAAGCUUGUGGAUCAUUGUUUGUGUCUCCAAGAUGAGCUAACAUUGCUGAUAACUCUCACGUAAUCAUCUUCAUUCGCCGGUGUGCAGCAACUCGGCGCUGGACCCUGCAUCGAUUGCUCGACAACCUUGUUUUUAGUGGGUGGGAGAACCUCGGAGCGCAUUAAUUCACAUGAAGGGCUCGUCGCCAUUCAUGUUCUAGUUUGCCAGAAUACAGGUAGUAUUUGAGCACGGAAGCCAUGCCUGUUCGUCGCGACGUGCUUCGAAAGCAGGCGCGCGAGGGCGUCUGCUACGGACUGUGGGUGACCGUAGGCACGGCGCUCGGCUUGGGACUUCUGCAAGCGCCGGUGCGAUACACUGGGGACAGGGCCGUGCCGAUGUUGGUGGUCCUCGCUUCGUUGCUCGAGGUGGUAGGCUGCGCCUGGCUUCGCCUUUUCGGCACCUCGUCAUCGCAUAGCUACGGCCAACGGAUCAGGGUCGCCGGCUCUGUGGUGACGGCUGUAGUCAGCGUCGGGCUCAGCAUCGUGUUCUUCCAUGUCCUGGCCGUUUUGUUCGGCGCUCCGUUGUUUGAGGACAGCCAGCAGACUCUCUGGUUUGGUGUGCAUAUGACCAUGGUGACCAUCCUGCCGCUUAUACUAUCAGGAGGCCAUACCAGCAUAGGGGCCCUCCAGAAGACAAUUGUUGACCAAAAGUUCUGCGAGGUGCCGUUGGACUGGAUUCAGCGGUGGGGCAGCCGUGGCGCCCUCUUUGGUGCCUGGCUCGGGGCCAUAGCCCUGGUGCUGGACUGGGACCGCCCCUGGCAGCGCUGGCCGACACCCUGCGUCGUCGGCUCUCUCCUGUUCCGAGGCCCGGCCAUGGUGGUCGCCAGCUGCAUCUUGGCGAGCCAGUGAAAGAAUGCUCAGUUGUACAGACUAGGCCAGCACUGGCUCAACUAGUCUGAACUGCUAUCCUCUGAUCAGCACCCAACUGCUAGUCAUAUGUUUAAGUAGGCAGCAAAGACAGUUUUCAUAGGCAUAGUCUCUUUCGUGCCAUCCGUUUCAUCACUCCUUAUAUUUAAACGCCACUGCCAACCAUAUCAUUACUGGCAACAGUGGCUAUAUAUAAUAUGAGUGGGCAAAUAGUGGGAUGUGGCGUUCGUGCUUGGGGACCAUAAAGUGUUUCUUGUGCUCGUGCAACCUCAUAGGCCCUGUCGCAAAUGUCACAAGAUUGUGUUUUCUGUUAGGGAAGUGUUUCCUUCAACAUUAUAUGUUACAUUUUUGAUUUCACGGCAAUAAACAUAUCGUAGAUUUUGUCAA